AUGAAACAUGCGGGCAAGCUAGUUUCACAACUUGAGGUCCACAGCAGUUCUGUUCUACGGGUCCGAAUCGAGCCUGGCAUUCCCAAGUUGCUCGUGAAGAUUAAUCCGACAGAUGCUGAAUCUUUCCAUGCCAAGAACCUUGGAGAGGUGAUUCUCCGCAAAGGCGUCACAAGCCGUAGCCAGGUGGCAGUGCUUCACAUGAGCCGGGGAACUGCAACCGGAGAGGUGCUAAUGUCGGUGAAGCUUGCAGAUCUCCUCGAUUUAGAGGCCGGUGUUGUUUGUCAUCGCUGUCAGGUUGUUCAUGUGUUGUUCAGAGUUAGAAUCGUCGCCUUCCCGGGAUGGUCGAUGUGA